AUGUCCGCUCCUGGAUCCCCAAGACUUGUCGACUCUUUUACCGCUCCAAAGGAGAUUCUUCAGGAGUUCGCUGAUCUCGCCGAAGAAGAAAAUGUCGACCCAUUUGCAGAGACUGCCUCUAAGCGUCAAAUUGCUCAGAGACAGUCUGACUACCACAACCGCAGAUUCAGCCGCGUGGCACAGGAGAGUGCUGAUGCAUUUAGGGCCGUAGAGGAGGGAACAGAUGUAGAGGGUGGUUACAAAGAUGCUAUGAGACUAGCGAGGCUUGAGCAGGAGGAAGUCAGAGUGAAGCGAGCUAUCGAGGAAAAGGAGAGGCAGGAUAGGGAAGAGGGAAAACUGAAGAUGGAUUUGGACAGAACUCCCCCUGCCGCAGAGCUCGAAGAUGUUGCAAAGGAACUCGCUGCUGCAAAGGAGCUCGCGGCUGCCAGGGAUGUGUCGUUAGGGUCGAAGCGGAAGCGCAGGUGGGAUGUACCCGAGCACAGUGACGAGAAUGCAGACCCAAACCAAAUUGAUACAGGUGAAUGGUCAAAGGAGGCUCUUGAAGCCUCCGCCCCCAAGAAGCGCCGCUCUCGUUGGGAUGCGACUCCCGUAGAUGCUACCAUGGGUGAGACUCCGAAGCGCUCACGAUGGGACCAGACGCCCGUCGCAGUUGACACCCCAAUGACUCAAAUCAUUAUGAAUGCUCCUGGAUUCAUGCAAGAGGACAAGCACAAUCGCUAUCUUACGGAUGAAGAACUAGAAGCUGUCCUUCCUGCAUCUGGCUAUACCAUCGUCACCCCUCCUCCUGGGUAUGCACCAAUGGUAGCCCCUCGGAAAUUGAUGGCCACUCCCGUCACCGAGGUUGGAUUCCAUAUACAAGAAUCAUCGGAUGCUGCCGCAGUAGCAGCAGCAGCAGGAUUAGCUCCCGAACUGCCUACUGAAAUCCCGGGUGUCGGUAAUCUUGCAUUUUUCAAGGCGGAGGAUGCGCAAUAUUUCGCCAAAAUAUUGAAAGAGGAGGAUGAAACAGAGUUGUCGGUAGAAGAAAUGAAGGAACGCAAGAUCAUGCGUUUACUUCUCAAAAUUAAAAACGGCACACCUCCGGUUCGAAAGACCGCUCUUCGACAAAUCACGGAUAAGGCUCGCGAGUUCGGUGCAGGGCCACUUUUCGACAAAAUUCUUCCACUACUUAUGGAACGAACGCUCGAGGAUCAAGAACGUCAUCUUCUCGUCAAAGUUAUCGAUCGUGUACUUUAUAAACUGGAUGAUCUCGUGCGGCCUUACGUUCACAAGAUUCUCGUGGUUAUCGAGCCUCUUCUCAUUGAUGAAGAUUACUACGCUCGUGUCGAAGGUCGAGAAAUCAUUUCUAAUCUGUCCAAAGCUGCCGGCCUUGCCCACAUGAUAUCCACCAUGCGUCCCGAUAUUGAUCAUGCCGACGAGUAUGUUCGUAAUACCACUGCACGUGCGUUUUCAGUCGUCGCUUCAGCUCUUGGCAUUCCAUCUUUGCUUCCUUUCUUGAAAGCUGUUUGUCGUAGUAAAAAGUCAUGGCAGGCACGUCACACAGGAAUCCGUAUCGUGCAACAGAUAGCGAUCAUGAUGGGCUGCGCAGUCCUGCCUCACCUGCGAAAUUUGGUGAACUGCAUUGCACACGGAUUAGCUGAUGAACAACAGAAAGUACGCACAAUGACUGCCUUGGGUCUUGCUGCGUUGGCAGAGGCUGCAGCACCAUACGGUAUCGAAUCAUUCGACGAAGUCCUGAAACCACUGUGGCUUGGUAUCCGGCUACACCGUGGAAAGGGUCUAGCGGCAUUCUUGAAGGCUAUUGGUUUCAUCAUCCCCCUGAUGGAUCCAGAGUACGCGUCUUAUUACACGAAGGAAGUGACAGUUAUUCUUAUCCGUGAAUUCCAAACCUCGGAUGAAGAGAUGAAGAAGAUUGUGCUCAAGGUAGUGAAACAGUGUGCCGCUACGGAGGGUGUUACGCCGCAGUACAUCAAACAGGAUAUCUUGCCUGAUUUCUUCAAGGCGUUCUGGGUCAGACGUAUGGCUCUUGACAGGAGGAAUUAUCGUCAAGUAGUCGAGACGACGGUCGAGCUUGCGCAAAAGUCGGGUGUUUCGGAGAUUGUAGGAAGGAUUGUUAACGAGCUCAAAGAUGAAGCGGAGCCAUAUCGUAAGAUGGUGAUGGAAACCAUUACAAAAGUUGUCGCAACUCUUGGUUCCUCUGACAUCGAUGAGAGAUUGGAGGUCAGGCUAGUAGACGGUAUCAUUUACUCCUUUCAGGAGCAGACCACGGAGGAUCAGGUUAUGCUUGACGGUUUUGGAACGGUCGUCAAUGCUCUGGGUAUUCGAGUGAAACCCUACCUCACACAAAUCGUGUCAACCAUUCUCUGGCGUUUAAACAACAAGAGUGCCAAAGUUCGUCAACAAGCUGCAGACUUGACAACUCGUCUCGCUGUCGUCAUCAAACAAUGCGGUGAAGAUCAACUCCUCAGCAAGCUCGGUUUAGUCCUGUUCGAACAACUUGGAGAAGAGUACCCCGACACACUCGGUAGUAUUAUUGCUGCUGAGGGAGCUAUCGCUAAUGUUGUUGGUAUGACGCAGAUGAAUCCGCCGGUCAAAGAUCUAUUGCCUCGCAUGACCCCUAUUCUCCGUAAUCGACAUGAGAAGGUGCAAGAGGCGUCUAUCAAUUUAAUCGGUCGUAUUGCUGAUCGUGGUGCGGAAUUCGUCCCUGCGCGAGAAUGGAUGCGUAUCUGUUUCGAGUUGCUCGAUCUUCUCAAGGCACACAAGAAGGGCAUUAGGCGAGCUGCUGUCAACUCUUUCGGUUACAUUGCCAAGAGUUUAGGUCCCCAAGAUGUACUUUCAGUUCUGCUCACUAACCUGCGCGUACAAGAACGUCAGAGCCGAGUGUGUAGUACUGUUGCUAUUGCAAUUGUCGCAGAAACUUGUGGACCGUUCACAUGUAUACCAGCGAUCUUGAACGAGUACCGAACUGCAGAGCUUAAUGUUCGCACUGGUUGUUUGAAAGCGCUAUCAUUUGUCUUUGAGUAUGUUGGACCCCAAUCCGCAUAUUAUUGUGAUUCGGUGGUUACAAUGCUUGAAGAUGCGCUCACCGAUCGUGAUCUUGUGCAUCGACAGACAGCUAGCACCAUUGUUAAACAUCUUGCUCUGGGUGUCGCUGGACUGGGCUGCGAGGAUUCAAUGAUGCACUUGAUGAAUCUUGUUUGGCCCAAUUGUUUCGAGACGUCUCCCCAUGUCAUCGGUGCAGUUAUGGAUGCUAUUGAGGCGAUGAGGGUUACACUUGGCCCUGGAGUGCUGCUGAGUUACGUAUUGCAAGGAUUAUUCCAUCCGGCUAGGAAGGUCCGCGAGGUCUAUUGGCGUAUCUAUAAUGCGCUAUAUUUGGGUGCAUCGGAUGCUAUGGUUCCAUUCUACCCCGAUCUCAGCGAGCUGAGUGAAGGACAGAAUGUAUACGACCGACACCCUUUGCAAAUUUUCAUCUAG